CUUCCGUUCAGGUACCAACUCAUCCCGACCAACCAUGCGUUCUACGUGGACAGCCUGCAUUGCCCGCCUGAUCUUAGGGAUCGGACUCGGAUCGCCCGUUCUCGCAGUAUCGGCGUCCCAUGGCAAAGUUCUCACCAGCGAGGCUCAGUUGCGCUCUUCCUACGACUAUGUGAUUGUUGGUGGAGGGGUUUCGGGUCUGACUGUGGCUAACCGUCUGUCGGAGAAUCCUAAAAACAGUAUUCUAGUCAUUGAAGCAGGUGACUUUGAUCAAGAUGAAGACUAUAUUGUCAUCCCCGGGUUAGCUGGUGGUGCGAUCGGCACAAAAUACGACUGGAACUUGACAUAUGUGCCAAACCCAGAUGCAGCAGGCCGCGCUCCUUCGAUUCCACAGGGCAAGGCAGUUGGCGGCUCCAGUCUCCUGAACCGCAUGGUGUUUGACCGUGGCUCCAGUGCUGAUUAUGACCGCUGGAGAGCACUCGGCAAUCGUGGUUGGGGAUGGAAAGAUCUUCUCCCGUACUUUAAAAAGAGUGAGACUUUCACUCCCCCGGAAGAUGCGAUUGAGGCUGAAUGGAAUGCAACCUAUGAUCCAUCUGUUCACGGCUCGUCUGGUCCCAUUCAAUCGAGUUAUGCUCCUUGGAUCUGGCCUUCUACAAAGCACUUCAUCAGUGCCCUAACAGGCCUCGGUAUUCGUAUUCCCAAGGACGCUGCCAGUGGGGAUGCCGUGGGUCUGUAUUUCAGCCCUCAUAACCAAGAUCCAUUGACGGUCUCCCGAAGCGAUGCCCGCAGGGGAUAUUGGGAAGCGGCCUCCCAUCGACCUCGUCUUAGUCUUCUUGCAGGGCGAACAGUCAGUCGACUCAUAACCAAGCAGACUCCCCAGGGGCCCACGGUUACAGGGGUAGAGUUUGUCUCAUCCAAAUGCAAGAGCCCAACUGUCGUCAAGGUCAGCAAAGAAGCGAUUCUAGCAGCUGGCGCUAUCCACACGCCUCAGCUUUUGCAACUUUCCGGAAUCGGCGACCCGGCCAUCUUGUCGCCUUUGAACAUUUCCACCGUGGCCAAAGUUCCCGGCGUCGGUCGCAAUCUCCAGGACCAUGUCUAUGUCCCUGUCGUCUUUUCUUUCGACUUCCCUCUGACAUCAGCAAAUCUCACCUCGAACGCCACAUUUGCCGCAGAGUCCCUAGAUCUAUACAACACGCACAAGACAGGCCCCUACGCCGACGCAACAGGCGACUUUCUCGCCUUCUUAUCCACAGACAGCUUUACAUCUCAAAGAGACACCCUACACAGACUCGCCAACGCCCAAGACCCCUCCACAUACCUUGACGCCGAUACCCCGGCCAGCGUCAAACGCGGGUACGCCGCACAGCACAAACUCCUAACCGCGGGCCUCGCAGCGACCAACCAAGCCCAAAUCGAAGUCCUCUGGGCAGACGGCACCUUUGUCCUUGGCCUGCAGCACCCUUUCUCCCGAGGCAGCGUGCGGCCCGCCGCGGCCUCGUCGACCGAUGGGAAUCCACUGGCUGCCCCCCUCGCAGACUCCGCCUUCCUCCGCAACCCGAUCGACAUCGCGAUUCUCAUCGAAGCAAUCAAGUUCGCACGCGCCGUCGCGCACACACCAGAGCUUACUGCAUUCAACCCCGUGGAACUCGUUCCCGGCGCCGACGUGUCCUCCGAUACGGAUCUGGAGGCGUAUAUCCGGGGCGCUGCCGAGUCGCUGUUUCACCCGUCGGGGUCUUGCUCCGUGGGGAAGCUGGAGAAUGGUGGUGUUGUCGAUACGGAGUUUCGGGUGCAUGGGGUGCGUGGGCUGAGGGUUGUUGAUGCGAGUGUGUUUCCGAUGUUGCCGGCGGCGCAUAUUCAGAGUUCGGUUUAUGCUGUUGCGGAGAAGGCUGCGGAGGCCAUAAAGUCUUCGUGA